GGGAGAGCGGUGCAUGUCUCACACCCUGCAGCACAGCUUUUCACCUUGCGAAGCUCUGUCCACGUUCCUGAGGCUCGGCGGAGGCGUAGCUAGCGAAGGAAGAGGAAUGUUUAAAAGGGAACACGGCGAGGAAAAAAGGGCUCACCGGCGCAAGAAGAUACUCGGCAACAAGAGAACGCAAAGAACGCGGAUUUAUGACAGCUUAUCUUUUUCCCGGCAAAAAUUCGUCGCAUCUCGGGGCUGAAAAUAUCGAAAAUUUUCGCCGACAGAAUUCACACGUCACAAGAGACACUGCCGAGCUGGAGGCGUGCGGCCGUAUUCUGUGCUGCGUGCAGAGGCUCUGCAAGAGCGGAAGUACAGUCGAAGAGGCCGAGAAUCGGAUCCCCCGGGGUCGAAGGGGCGCACAGGCGGGCCCCGAGCUGGAGGGGCCCUCAGGCUCGGAGGAUGGCAUCCUCCCGGUACCAGUCAGCCCGACUCCUGCGUCCACCUCAUCGCAGGAGGACGCCUGCAAGCCACCGCCGAGGAACUGCUAUCGCCUCGUCAUGCUUGGCAGCGCGAGGGUCGGCAAAACCGCCAUUGUAGCACGGUUUUUGUCCAACAAAUUCGACGAAAGUUACACACCGACGAUCGAGGACUUCCACCGGAAGCUGUACAGGAUUAGAGGGGAGGUCCACCAGCUUGAUCUCCUGGACACCAGCGGAAACCAUCCGUUCCCCGCGAUGCGACGAUUAUCCUUUCUAACCGGUGACCUGUUCGUGGUGGUGUUCAGUCUGGACUGCCGGGAGUCCUUCGAAGAGGCCAUCAGGCUGCGCGAAUCGAUCCUGGAGUCUAAAGUGAGCGCGACCCAGAGCGCCACGAAGAGCCGAAGCAAGAGUCACUUCCAUUUGAAGGUUCCAAUGGUCAUCGUCGGGAACAAGUGCGACAAGGACGUGAGAACGGUGACCGUCGAGGAAGCCGAGGAGUACUGCAACAGCCAGGACGACUGCUGCAUCUUCGUCGAGGUCUCCGCGAAGAGAAACUUCCACGUCGAGGAGCUGUUCUACCAGCUCUUCGUGGUCGCCGGACUGCCGCUGGAAAUGGCGCCCAAUCAUCACAGAAAGGUCCCGCUCACCUUCGGUUCUCCCACGAUGCUGCCGCCCUCGCAGCCGCGGCACAAAGCCACCCUGAGCAUAAAGCGUCGCCUGAGCGACGCCUGCGGCGUCGUGGCGCCGAACGUUCGCCGGCCGAGCAUCAGAACGGACCUGAUGAUCAUGAGGACGAAAACGUGUUCGCUCGCGGCCGGCCAUGAGAAUAACGCGCCCGGCUCUAGGAUAACGCUCCGGACAUCGGACACCAGGAAGACGUGCUCCAUUCAGUGAUACAUCCCCGACUGCUUCGCGCGUCACGAAACGAAACGACGGGCCCGGGCCCGUGGACGAUCUUCGCGAGCGACUCAGCACUAAUUACUCUAACGCACAAGAAUUGUUGAAACUUUUGGGAAAGCGGGACGACAGACCCGCGUCGUUCGCCGUGCUCGCGAAACUUGCGAAAUACGACUUGCGAGGCACAGUCGACUCGCGGGAAGUUCUGCGCGCGAAACGCAAACGCGAAACGUUUCACGAAACGAGGAACGCGAAAGGGCGAGGCCCUCCGUGGACGAACAUAGGAAAAUUCGUUCGGACGACUGUGAAUCGUUGCCGAGAUUUCGAGCUCUCGUUCUCUGAAACCACGCCGGGCACCCUUCCGGUUGCGGAGAACGCCGGGAGGGGUGGAUCGUGUAGCAUGCUCCGUCGCCUUGGGUCGCGAGUGCGGGUUCCUCUCGCGAGUUCUACUCUCUUUCUCUUCCAGGUGCAUCUUGAAUUGCUCGAUUCGGUUCUCGAAGUUUCUCUUGCCAGAAAUUCGCUGUGCCGUGCAGGCGAAUGAUUAUUAUACUGCGGAUUUUAUACAUUUAUGACGAAAAUGUAUAGGUCAAAUAUUAUACAGGGUGUCCCAAAAA